AUGAGGACUCUUUGGUUGUUGUUACUGGUCGGGCUGGCUCCUGGAUUCAUAAGUGAAAAAAUGCUGGUCUCCUCUCAGUCCCUCUCAUUUGUUGGUGAUGACCUUUACAUAGAGGGUCAAACAUCAGGUGACCUCCCGGUUGAUGAUGAAGACGGGGAGGACUUUGGCUCAGGUUCUGGAUCCGGAGACUAUGGCAACGAGGACAAGGAGACAACUAUCCUUACCACAUUUGUUGACUCGAACAAAAGCGAAGAAAUAGAAAUGCAUCCAACUCGGGCAACAGCAAGCUCUACUCACUAUCAACCCACUAAAGCAGCAGACAGCCGCAAUCCGUCGACCACAGUGACAGACAGCGGAACAACAGAAAACAAUGAGGCCACCAAGGACAAGGAGGUGCCAGAAAAAGGCCCGACAGCUGACUGGUUCACAAAUGCUCCUAGUCCCAGCUCCACCUCUGUAAGCAAGAAGAUGAGAGAACCAGACGAGGACAACAGCCUGGAAAGAUGGGACAAUUCCUUCGCCACCAAAGACGGUGACAAAGAUGAAGUCAAAGAUGAAGUUCUAACAAAUGAAAUUCUCGUCAGUCGAGGCAGCAGAAGAUAUGACUCUCCUGAUGAUGUGACAUCUGAGAGCAUGUGGGAGCGAACAGAGGUGCUAGCUGCGGUGAUAGCUUGUGUGGUGGUCGGAUUGCUUUGUGCCAUCUUCCUCCUUGUCCUCCUCGCCUACCGCAUGAAGAAGAAGGAUGAAGGGAGCUAUGACCUCGGGGACAGCAAACUUUCCACAUCUUACAAGAAAGCACCAACCAAGGAGUUUUACGCCUAA